UAUGGAUCGUCAGCCGGGUAAGAAAGUUAAUGGCGGCCGUCGCGGCGAGAGACUGAAUUCUUUGGAGUGUAUUUUUGUGCUUAAAUAAAGUGGAAAAGACAAUAAAAGUGGUGAAAAGUGCAAGAAAAGGUAACCAAAGGGAUAAUUACUAGUGUUUCAUUGGACAAAGUGUUGAUUUGGGGUGUGAAACUUGUGGAAAAAUUUCAACGCAAAUGUCAGCAGUGUCAGAUCAGCGAAUGAAAGGACAAGGAAAUCAAGAUUACAGCGAUGAAUAUGAAACAUGGAGACAUCAACCGGGAAAUUAUGUACCAUCGGACCACUACAAUGCAGGAGCUCAAUUCCAAUAUCCCCCAUUUGGCGUAAACGAUGGCACCUGGUCGAGCGGAAAUGAGAAUUUAGCAAUUCUAGGCGGUUAUUCACAGCAUGAUAACUAUGGCGUCGACAUGUUUGGUCCGUCCUUUGGACAACAAUCCUCCUAUAAUUAUUUCCCUGGCAAUGGGGACUACAAUACAUGGGGUACACAGCAGGUUAAUUCGAAUCAGGGAGGACCGCCACAGCAACAGCAGCAACAACAACAGCAGCAGCAUCAGCAUCAGCGCAAAGGCAUGCAACAUUACGAUGAGUACUACAGAGAUCAGGGUGCGUACACCCAUGAUGGCAUCAAGUCAAUGGAGCAGGGAAUGCAGGGUUUGGGAUUGGAGAAUGCACCGCAGCAGAUGCACCAUGAGAAGGAGAGCACAUCAAAUACUGUCAAUUCCAAGGCACCCCACCACGAUCACAACCCACAUCCGCCGAAAGAAAGUAUCCCCAAAAAGAUGACAUGGGCCUCAGUGGCCUCACAGCCCGCCAAGCCACAGGUGAACACAACAACGUCGACGGUGAAGAAGAAGGGCCCUGGAAUGCCGCCACCACCGAUGGUUCCUGGUAAACAUAACCUUGACAUCGGGACGUGGGAUUCACCAUCAAAGAAUGGACCUAGUAUGAUGGUGCCGCCCCCCGUUGUGACGGCCCCACCGCCACCGGUAGUCCCGUCGCCGCUGGUGAAUAAUCCAAAGUCUUCAGGCGGAGGACAGCACCAAAAUCAACCACCAAGCUCUUCCGGUCCUCACCAUCCGAGCAUGGGACCGCCGCCACAGCAGCAACAGCAAAUGCACUCAAAUGUGGGGCCACAGCAGCAUGGGCCCAACGAUGGACCAAACACUAAUCAAAAUAUGCGCCCCGCCUGGCCCAACAGAUCUAUGCAAGGACAUCCCAAUAUGGGAAUUCCACCUCCACAUCAGCGAUCCAUGGGACAUGGUGGACAAGGGCCUCCAAUGAUGAUGUCGGGCGGAUAUCAAGGACCACCACCGAGUCAUCAACAAGCAAUGCAACCGCCACCGCCACAGGGAAAAAUGCCACCAUCGUCACCAUCAGCAUUGUCUGCCAACAAUCCGAAUGUUUUGGAGCAAUUGCGUGAUAAGAAUAACUACAAUCCUCUGGAGCUGGACCUCGAUAAAGUGGCACUGGCGAGAUUUUUCGUGAUUAAAUCCUACUCUGAGGACGAUAUACAUCGUAGUAUUAAAUAUGAAAUCUGGUGCUCCACUGAACAUGGCAAUAAAAGACUCGAUCAGGCCUUUCGUGAGCGUGAACGUGAAGGUGGUGUAGUGUAUUUGUUCUUUUCCGUUAAUGGAUCAGGGCAUUUCUGUGGUAUUGCGCAGAUGAUGAGUAAUGUGGAUUACAAUUCAAAUUCGAGUGUGUGGUCGCAGGACAAGUGGAAGGGUACAUUUAAAGUGCGAUGGGUAUAUGUGAAAGAUGUACCAAAUAUGCAAUUACGGCAUAUUCGUCUUGAGAAUAAUGAGAACAAAGCUGUGACAAAUUCACGUGACACGCAAGAAGUUCCACACCCGAAAGGUAUUCAGGUGUACAAGAUUAUUCAUGCUUUCAAGCACACUACGUCGAUUUUUGAUGAUUUCAUACACUACGAGAAACGCCAAGAGGAGGAAGAUUCGCGCAAACAUGUAGAACCACCACCCAGUUAUCAUUCAUAUGAUCGGCAUUUUGGCAACCACAACAGCUCAUACGAUAAACCACAUCAUGGUUAUGAACGCGGUGGUGGCAGUGGAGGCUACGAUAAACCCCCCAUGAAAAGCUACAAUCGAGGUGGUGGCUUCGAUGGGAAGCAUCAACAGUAUAACAACUACGAUAAUCGGCGUCCUCCACCACCGAAGGAUCACUACGAUGGCGGUUAUCACCGUGAUGGAGGCUCAGAUUACAGUGCACGAAACAAUAAUCGUGAACCACGUCCGAUGGAGCGUCAUGAUGGUGGUAGUGGCAGCAGCUACAACCAUCGCGAUGGUGGACGCCCAAUGGGCCAUAGAGAUCACCACAGGGGAGGUCGUGGAUCUGGAGGUGGAAAUCGUGGACAUCGCAACUAAAGUGUUUUUUUUUUCAUAAUUUUCCCAAGAUAUAAUGCGAAUACGAAGUGAGUGUUUUUCCUGUUUUCGCCUAAAACCAUCAAGUAAACUUGGUGAAAUGAUUUUUAAAAAAAAUGAUAAACACGCUGCGAAAAAGUGUAUUUUAGUAUAAACACACACAUACACAAAAUAAUGAAUCUGUAGUGAGAAGAAACAUUUUUGAAGGUGAACUUUAUUGAUAAAAAAUUAAAAAAAAAAAAACAAAAUGUUUCCUAUAAAAUUAACAAAAAAACAACAGUUUAAAAAGUAAGUAAUUGCAUCGUAAAAGAAGAGCAUAAAACUAAACUCUCAGUGUCCUUUUGAAAUGUAAUGAACUUAAUAGGUGAAGAAAAAAAAUAGCAUUAUACUGCUCUCAGCGUUAAAAUGAACAGCCAAUGGUGAAAUAACUUUCGAAUUCAACGAUGUUUUAUCAAAACACUUCUUAGUCAUGUAGUGUGAUUUGGGAGCAAGUAUUGAAAAAAAAUAAAUAAAUGUGUGUUUUAAAAAAACUCGUGGGUGACAAAAUCAAAUGCUUUAUAGAUGGACAUCUCUCCCAGCCGAUAGAACAAUUCUUUUCGAAAUAGUUGUGUGCAAAUAAAUGGUUGGUUUCCUUAAGAAAAAAAAAGAAAUAUCCUAAAUAAAAUCUGACUUCAGUAUCGUUUUUGAUCAACAGAGCACGAAAUACAAGGACGUUGAAUUUUUGAAAAUUAGAGACUUGUGGUUAUAGUGAGUGAAAUUAUGAAGCAUAAAAGAAAACAAAGAGGGACGUUUGAUGAAGUUUCUCUUCCUUUCCGCAAAGAUAGUGUUUUUAGACAUCUCACAGAAAGUGCAAAAUGGAUUUAAGCAGCGUCACGCAACUCAUUCGCAGGAGCAGCAAAAUCUUCUCUUCAUUUUAUAUAACACUGAUGAAAAAAAAAUGGAAAAUCAAUCUUAAAUUUAAGUCCUAAAAUAAUGUCAUAAAGUAAACAAUUUAUUUUGUACGUACAGCUAAGUCUGGUUAGAAAUUAAAUAAACAAAAAUAACUACAUGAUGGAAUUAAAAAAUGUUCUCUGUAAAUGAGAUUUGAAAAAAAAGAAGUAACCCUACAUGAAUUUUUAAUAUUUAAGGGAAGGCAAAAAGAAAACUUCUGAUAGUGGCAUUGAAUUUAAUUCAAAAUGAAUUUAUGCACUUGCAUUUUACUAUCAGGAAAUGUAAUUAAAACGGAUGCUAGAUAUUGAUGGAGUUCUUGCUUGGAAGAAUUAUGAAGAUUCCUAAUUUUGAAUUUGUAUUUUUUGAAAAAAAAAAAGUUACAUAUUUGAUUUUAUAAAUUAAUUUGAAGUAUGAAAUUAAUUUUAUUGUCUGACUGCUAAAAAUCGCGUUUUUUAUGAAUUGAAGAUUUCUUAAAUUUCAUUUUUUUAUACAUAAUAAAAAAGCAUGAUUUGAAUUUUUAUUACAUGCGGAAUCACAAAAUUUUUCAUAAUGCAUGUAACUAAUGAUGGAAUAAAAAGAAAUCAUUGUCAAAAUUAUUCUAUAAGGUGAAUAUUAUAAAAUUUACUAUCUUGUCCAUUUCAUAUAAAAAAUAUAUAAUAUUAAAAUUUUUAAGAAAAGUAUAAAUAAUGGUAAAAAAAUAUUAUGACCAUUGUUUAGAAUUUUUUUUCAAUUGAGACUGCAAAGAUAAAGAAAAAAAAAUGUUUAAUUUUUUUUGUAAAUUAUUCGUAUUAAUUUGCAAUGAUACAAAAGUAUGGACAGUGUUGAUGCUUGUAAAAUUGAGAUGAUAAAAAAACACAGAUAAGAACAAUAAGUACAAAUUUGUUGAUGAAUAACCCAUUGAGAAGGAACUCAAAAUAAAUUUUUUAAAUAGACACUGUU